UUGGGAGUCUUGAGAGAGCUCGCACUGCAUCUGCCCGUAACAGCUGUGCAUUGCUGCCCACAGCAAGAUUACUUGAUGCUGUGUGCCGUGGACGAGGAGGGCGAGAUGGUGGAUGGCGGCAAGAAGGACACAAUGGAUGACCUGAAGGAAGGGGAGCUGGAGGCGUUCAUCAGCUCCCUGGGACUCAGCAAGUAUGCGAAAAGUUGCUUGGUGGAGGAGGGAGAAGAGGAUGAAGGUGGCAGCAAGGAGAAAGAGAAGCCUCCAAAGAAAGAGAAAAGCAAGAAGGAAACUAAUCCUACUUCACUAGAAGGGAGAAAAGAAAAAAAACUCAAGGAAAAGGCAAGCAGUGUGAAAGACAGCAAGAAGAAGCAGUCUGGUGGUGAUCAGGGCCAGCAACCUUCAGCAAAGAAAGAAAGACUGGAAGAAGAUUUUGCAUUUCAUGCUAGGCAAGCAAUACUGAUCAAACCAGGGGGCAAGUGGUAUGACCUAGAAUACACCAAUGAAUUCUCUCCAGAGCCACAGAAUCAGACGCUUCUGUCCCAGUAUAAGGCCCUGGCCCAAAAGCUGUAUGAACAUGAGACAGACCUGUUUAAGAACAAGACAGACUAUCAGAAGGGGGCCUCUUCAGCAUGGAUGAAAACUGUUGUGUCCUCGGGUACCUUGGCUGACAGGAUGGCAGCGAUGACCCUUCUCAUCCAGGACAGUGCUGUCCACAGUCUUCAGUUUGUUGAGAACCUGGUAAACCUCAUAAAGAAAAAGGGCAGCAGGCAGCAGAGCCUCAUGGCUUUGGAUACUUUCAAGGAACUUCUCAUUUCAGAUAUCUUACCAGACAAUCGAAAAUUGUGGUCUUUCUCGCAGCGACCGUUUAACAACAUAGUGAAGAUGUCGAGUGGCAACAAGGAUUCCAGAGACAGACGGCUGAUACUGUGGUACUUUGAGCAUCACCUGAAACUGCAGAUAGCAGAGUUUGUGCAGGCGUUAGAAACACUGAGCCAUGAUUGUCUGACAGCCGCGAAAUCCCGAGCUCUGGCAGUUGCUCAUGAGCUUCUCUGUAACAAGCCUGAGCAGGAGAAAGCUCUAUUGGUCCUGCUGGUGAAUAAACUGGGAGACCCUCAGAACAAGAUCGCCACCAAAGCCUCUUAUCUUUUAGAGACGUUGCUUCACAAGCAUCCAAAUAUGAAGGGAGUAGUGUGCAGUGAGGUGGAGAGGCUUUUGUACCGGUCAAACAUCAAUGUGAAAACUCAAUAUUAUGCCAUUUGCUUUCUAAAUCAGAUAGUCCUCAGUCACGAAGAAAGUGCAUUGGCUAACAAGCUGAUAACUUUGUACUUCUGUUUUUUUCGGAACUGUAUUAAGAAAAAAGAUGUUGAAUCCAAAAUGCUCAGUGCUCUCCUUUGCGGGGUAAACAGAGCUUACCCUUAUGCUGAGACAGGUGAUGAGAAAGUGAAAGAGCAAAUGAACACCUUGUUUAAAGUUCUGCAUCUUGCAAACUUCAGUACCAGUGUCCAGGCCCUGAUGUUGCUGUUUCAAGUGAUGGACUCUCAGCAGACUGUGUCAGAUAGGUACUAUGCAGCACUAUACAAGAAGCUUCUAGAUCCUGCCUUAGCAAGCUGCUCAAAGCCAUCCAUGUUUCUUAACCUUGUCUAUAAAUCUCUGAAGGCAGAUGUAGUGUUACGGCGCGUGAAGGCCUUUGUGAAGAGGUUACUUCAAGUCACUUGUGGCCAAAUGCCACCCUUCAUUUGUGGAACCCUGUACCUUCUGUCUGAGCUUCUGAGAGUAAAACCAGAGUUAAGAGUCCAGUUACAGGAUCACGUGGAGUCAGAUGAUGAAGAGUGCUUUAAGGAUCAAGAAGAGGCUGAAGAGGAUGAGGAAAAAUUUGUGGAUACAGACAAAGAAGUAAAAGAUAAAGAGAGAAACACAAUGGAAAAUUCUGCAAAAACAAAUAAUUCAAAUUCAACAGCCUCGUGGGUGCAUCAUUUGAAUAUGGGAGGCAGGAAGACUGGAACUUCGUAUGAUCCUAUGCACCGAAGUCCUUUAUACUGUGGUGCUGAAAGUACAAGCCUUUGGGAACUGAAGAAGCUUUCUGAACAUUUUCAUCCAUCUGUGGCCCUAUUCGCAAAAACAAUUCUAGAAGGAAAUCACAUCCAAUACUCCGGGGACCCUUUGCAGGAUUUCACAUUAAUGAGAUUUUUGGAUCGCUUUGUGUACAGAAAUCCCAAACUCAGUAAAGGAAAAGAAAACACCAGCAGUGUGGUAAUGCAGCCAAAGAAGAAGCAGUUUAUGAAAGAUAUGCAGAGCCUUGCAGUCAACAGUAAGGAAUUCCGUGCCAAAGAUGAAAGCAAAAUCCCAGUGGAUGAAGUGUUCUUUCACAGGUUUUAUUCAAAGUUCGAUAAGAAGAGAGAGAAACAAAGGCGUCAGGAUGAUGAAGAAAGUGUGGAAGAUGUAGAUGAUGAUGAAUUUGAAAGGGUAUUGGAUACCUUUGAAGCUGCUGAUAAUGCCGUUAUUGACCAGGAUGACCUUGAUUUUGCUGGUAAUAUAAAAAAGAAAACCAAAGGCAGUAAGAAAGGCAAAAGCAAUGAAGAAUCUGGUGCUGACUGGGAGGAUUCUGAUGAUGAAGAUGAAUUCAGUGAUCUCGAUGAUGAGGAAGUCUCCUUAGGAAGUAUGGACGAAGACUUUGAAGAUGAUAUGGAUGAAGAAGGAGGUGUAUUUAUGGAUGUGUCUGAUGAUGGUAACAACCUAGAUCCAAACAAGAACAAGCAAUUGAAGUCUGUGAGUAAAAAGGGCAAGAGAAAGAAGGAUAUGAAUUUUGAGGGAUCACUGAAAGGAUCAAACCGAGUAAAGAAGAAAAAACUCCAAGAUGCUGGUAUACUGGCAUCUGCGGAAGAGUUUGGCUAUCUGCUGGAUGAAAAUGCCGGGUCCAAGUUUGACAACAUUGGAAUGAACGCCAUGGCCAACAGAGAUAAUGCAAAUGUCAAACAGAUCCAGUGGGAAAUAGAGCGUGACAAGUGGCUUCACAACAGGGACGUGAAAAGCAUCAUCAAGAGGAAGAAACAGUUCAGGCACAGAGGGCUGAAAAACAAGUACAAACGCAAGAAAUCAAGAAGAUGAACUGGACAUUUUGAUGUGGACAUUUUAAAAAUAAUUAUUCAAAACCAGUUUUUUAAUUAAUCCCACAUUUUUCUUACUUCAGUUCUUGCUGCUUAACCACGUCAUUUGGUCAUUCUCCCUUAUGCCAUGAAUUCCAGACCAUUCAUUGGAUUUGUAAUAAACUGAAAAAUAGGAAAAUCUGUGUCAGCUCUAAGUUAGACAUACCUGAAGAAGAGCCACUUUGUGGCUAGUUUUAUUGGAUAUACACCCCUCUAGUUCCAAGGUCUCUAUCCAAAAGCCUGACACUCCAGCCAUGCCUAUGCAAAACAAUAAACAUUUCUGCAGUGUCUCCUGGAGUAGUAACAUUGGUUUUAUAAAUUAAGAUGCAAUGGAAGCUUCAGCCAUCCUUCUGAAGCCAACAGCUGCAAACCUACCUUCCAGAAUUGAUGGAAACCUCUUCUGCAUUGUGUAUCUGAAAUCUGACAAGAAAGGUAAAUCACAGUUACUUUCCCAACAUACUUUAAGGUAAUUAAAUGCACUGUUUUUCUAACUAGAUUAGUUUUAUCUAAAUUUGUUUGAGCUCUUUAAUUACAGCCACCACUAUGAUCUGAAUUUAUUUUUUAAGAUCAUAUCACAGACUCUUUUGAGGUUACCUGUACGUGCAGCCCCAUCAUCAGUGUUUUCUGAGCUUCCUCACAAUUGUGAUAACCAGCUACAAGCUACAGAUACACAGGAAGCUGAAUGCCUCUCACAGACAGACAUGCAAAUCAAAACUGGGAAAACUGCUUUGUUCCCUUAUGCAGCUUUAGGUAUUCAGUGAAUCCUUCUGUGGGCUGCUCUGGCAACUCAAUAGGAAAUUAUGAUACCUUUAUGCUAUUCUAAGGAUUUACAGCAGCUCAUAGAAGGAUCUUAUCCAUUCUAUUGCUAGAACAAAGAAAGCAGUAAAAGCCUCACUCUGAGCUCACUGAGCUGUUAGAUGAGCUCACUACACCUUACAGAACUGCAAUUUAAGAAAAUCUACCUAAGCAUAUAAAAAUUAGGAUCUAGAACUGAAAAGCAGGGAAAAAUAGAACCAUGAAUGCUCAGCACCAAGUUACCACGACACGUUGAAACAUCUGUUCUCCAUGGGUUUGUUAUAUAUUUCUUUAAUAAAAA